AAUUAGAGAAGAUCCAUUGAAAUAGGCACACGUAAACUUCAGUUGACAAAACCAAACUCUUUUAAUAGCGACUGUUUUACAAAUAACUCAUCGUGUAUCAAGAAAUAUGAAACGCAAAAAGAGCAACAAGUCUGAACAAGAAACAAAUAAAAGCGAGAGCGAGCCGUCAAGAUGGAAGUAUCUAGCAUUUGUUGUUCUUUUCAGCUUUCCUGGUGUUAUGUAUGUACUGGAAAGUCUCUCAGGUUUAUCAAAAAACUUUCAAAUGUCGUACGUGUACGCCAUUUGUACCGCUGCACUGAUUAUCGCAGUUUGGUUCUAUUUUAGAGCAUUCUUCAAGGGUUCUUAUAAAUAUAUUGCGAUAAUCCUUUUGCCAUUUCUACUCUUCCCAAGUUUUAAAGUUCAUUUAUGUUCACCAGUUGUUUUGGUUAACAAAGACAUAGGAACAAGGUACAAGCUUGCAACAACUGCGGAGGAAAUCUUGCAAGAUUUGGGUGAAUCGUGUUUAAAACAUUUUGGCAAAUCUUUCUACAGUCUUUCUCUUGUUACGCCUCGGGUAACCUUAAAAGUGAGACCACAAGAGAUUGUUGACUUGAAUGCAACUACAAAUUCAGCUUAUGGUGACAACCAAGCAAAAACCUCGAGAUUGUUUCUAAUUUUCUCUCUUCGGAGUGUUCAUGGAAAGACUCACUCGUUAUCGAUGAUAACAAAGGUGCCGUUUCGGUCAACAAAGAUCCUUGAAGGGCUUCAGAAGAAACAAAGCAUGGAACUGACAGGAAGGAUAGUUAAUAUUGGGAAGGAUAUGUUGGAAAUGAAAGCUGGUUUUGAAAGACAGAAACUGUUUGUAAGACCUGUUGUUUUCCAACCGUAUCAUUUUGAAUUGAAUAACGAUGAUGAAUUGUAGAUAAAUUAUGAUGAUUAAUUUGACCUUCAUGGUUUGUGUCACAUACACAUUGAAAUUUUAAAGAUGCCAUUAUUAUAAUGCUGGUAACUACUAUAUCAACCCCCUGAAAAGUGAUUUUGAAUGAUUGCUCUCUCAUAAAAUGAGAAAGCAAAUGACUGACAUCAUGUAAUUUCAUUUCAAUUCAGUAGGAGGAUGGUUUAAUGAUCCAAACACUGAGUUGAUAUUGCAAGGAUCAUUCUGAUACACACAUGUCAGUGAUGUCUUCUUUAUUCCAUCCUAAUGAACAUUUUUAUGGCAUAAAACAGAUUGCUUAUAAAAAUAUAUUUUAUUAUAU